UUUAAAGUCACCACUCUCUCCUCCUUUCUUUCUCUCUCCUCUCUCUCUCUCUCUCUGUACGAGAAGAGGUGAAGGGCGAAGGAGACCCCUCGCCACGAUUUCCGAGGCUUCGGAGGCGAAUUUGGAGCUUAUUAUGAAAAAAAAGCAGAGUUCUUCUAUUUCCAGUUAAGUAACGACUGGAAGAAUCAGCUAGAUUAGUACAAAAAUGGGUGGUUGCUGUUGCUGUUCAUCUACAAGAGCUGAAUCUGAUAGAGAACGAUCUUAUUUCUAUUGUCCACAAGAUUUAGAAGAGCAUGAUCCACUAUCUUCCACACAUGCUGUGCCAUCUUCAGUCUCUGCAGGAUUUCUUGUGGACACAGAUCGCGAUUCAUCUACUCCAGAUACGUACCAAGCUCCGCCUAGACCAUUGCCUUACAAUGUGGAUUUGAGCUCACAAAUUGCAGGAAAUAUCCAAAAUGGUGAUAUACGUGGCGAUUUGGAGAAGGUGGAUUCCAAAGGCAAACCUGAUCAAGAUCAGGAGUCUCUUCAGUUGGAAGAAGAUCAAUCUUGUGAUGUGAAAAAACCUGUUGAUCCAGCUAACGACGAUGAGGAGGAUGUUUGCCCCAUUUGUCUUGAAGAGUACGAUGCUGAGAAUCCUCGCAUGCUUACAAAGUGUGAACAUCAUUUUCAUCUUUGUUGUAUCCUGGAAUGGAUGGAGCGAAGUGAUACCUGCCCUGUUUGUGACCAGAUUACGAUGAUUGAUGAAAUGUACAAUGAGUAGCUCUGCUUAUUCGCAACAAAGUACGGGUUUAAGUUUCCAUCCCCAUUGAGCUGGUUUCCAAAUCAAAACGGAAAGAAACCUUUCUCAUCUUCUUAAGUGGGAAGCAAAUAUUCUGCAGUUGUUUCCUCCAAAUUUAAAUUUCUUUAGUUUGAUGGCUGUUGAUCUGUUACUCGAAACCACCUUACCAGGUGGACAAUGGUGAAAAAGUGGCGGAAAGAUAAAGGGAAAUAGAAACAAUUUGAUAAACAAGGUAAUUUCUUAUCUCUUUUCACUGUUAAUUUCAUCUUUUGUAUAGCUGCAUUAUGUUGCAUAGGUUAUCCCCAGGCUAAUGCAAUUCGUUUUGUCUUUCGUAUUUGCGUUGUAAAUGAAUUUUCUUUUUUUCACUGCUUUUUUGUCGAUAUUGAAACAUCCACAAAUUGAUCCAAAUUCAUUUAUCUAUGUCAUAGGUUUUCUA